AUGGCAGUGACGUCGCAGUCGAAUGGGCUUGCGUCGCCGUGUAUGUCGAAAGCUGACAAUAGCGUUGAGCCUUUUAACAUAAGCAAAAGCCGCCGAAGCAAUCCCGCUGGUGGACUUCGCUUUGCACAAAUUACGAGGCACCACCAUAAUCAAGACGAUCCUUUCAAACCCGUCGACGUUUUGCCUUGGCGCAUGCGCGAACGCAUGAAGACGAUGGACGUAGCGCUUGUUCUGUGUCUCAAUAUUGGUACAGACCCUCCUGAUGUGGAGAAGUCGACACCUUGUGCUCGUAAAGAGUGCUGGGUGGAUCCGUUCUCCAUGCCAGCGAAAAAGGCAAUCGAGACGAUUGGGAACACGCUGCAGUCGCAGUACGAACGCUGGCAGCCACGUGCGCGCUAUAAACAAACGUUAGAUCCAACAGUGGAAAAAGUUCGCGAGCUAUGUGUAAAUCGAAGAAGAUUAGCCAAGAAUGACCGUGUGUUAUUCCACUACAAUGGUCAUGGUGUUCCUCGACCAACGCAAAAUGGAGAGGUUUGGGUAUUCAACAAGAGCUAUACGCAAUAUAUCCCACUCCUUGUGUAUGACCUGCAGUCGUGGGUAGGUACGCCAUCAAUUUACGUGUUUGACUGCUCGGCAGCAGGCAUGCUAUUGAGUCACUUCACAACGCCCCCAACGACAAUAAAUCAGACGCAUGGGCGAGACGGGAAUCCCUCCGCAAACGAAGCCAUUGUGCUAGCUGCUUGUGCUGCAGAUGAGCUGUUACCAAUGAAUCCAGAUUUGUGUGCAGACUUGUUUACAUCUUGCCUGACGACGCCGAUUACUGUCGCAUUGCGUUGGUUUAUAUCGCAGAACGAGCUCUCGAUGGCACAUCUGGACGCCAGUUUUAUCAAACGAAUUCCUGGAAAACUCACCGAUAGAAAAACACCUUUAGGGGAGCUCAACUGGAUUUUUACGGCAAUCACUGACACGAUCGCAUGGAAUAUGCUACCUCGUGAACUUUUUCAAAAAUUGUUUCGGCAAGAUUUAUUGGUAGCUUCACUCUUUCGCAAUUUUUUGCUGGCAGAACGUAUCAUGAAGUCGGAAGGUUGUUCUCCUUGCUCUCUGCCAGCUUUACCGCCGACGAAUCACCACUCGCUUUGGCGCUCGUGGGACUUGGCGGCCGAGAUUUGCCUAAACCAGUUAUACAAACUCACCAAUCCGUACCCAAACGUUGAUAUGAGCCUCCAGCCUUCGCGAUUUUUCGCCGAGCAGCUGACAGCGUUUGAAGUAUGGCUUCAGUUCGGGUCUUCGGAAAAACCGCCACCACAGCAGUUGCCUAUGGUAUUGCAAGUUCUUUUAAGCCAAGUUCAUCGUCUUCGUGCCCUCGUGCUACUGAAAAAGUUUUUGGACUUAGGGCCGUGGGCAGUGAAUUUGGCCCUUUCGGUUGGUAUUUUCCCGUACGUGCUCAAGCUGCUUCAGUCUCCUGCAAGUGAGCUUCGUCAGGUGCUCGUAUUUAUUUGGUCAAAGAUUCUGGCUUUGGAUUUGAGUUGUCAAGUGGAUCUCGUGAAGGAUGAAGGUCAUUCCUACUUUAUAACGCAUCUUGCUGCUGGGCUUCACAACAUUGACGAAGAUCAGACUAGCGUAUAUACUGCCGGAAGCAACUUGAUGCCUUCCGAGCAAAAAAUAAUGGCAGCCUUCAUUAUUUCAGUGAUCUGCAACAAUUACCAACCUGGUCAAAAGAGUUGCUUGCCGCAGUACGUACAUAAAAUCUGUAUAAACCUGCUUCAAGAUUCAGAUGAAAAAGUGCGUAUGUGGGUAUGCCUGUGUCUGGCAAAGCUAUGGGAAAAUUUUGAUGACGCAAAACGUAUCGUAUUCGAAGACAAAGUACCCCAAAAACUUGGUGCCACCCUCAAUGACGAUCACCCAGAAGUACGAGCUGCUGCUGCCUAUGCGCUUGGAACAUUAGUUGGUUUCCUGUAUGACCCGAACACAAUUGGCAGGCAAGUUGAUAGGAGUCGCUUAGAGGAGUUUAUUCGGCAGCGAGCUCACGCUGAUAUUGUCGUGGCUUUGGAGCUGCUGCGGGGAUGCCGGGAUGGAUCUCCAUUGAUUCGUCAGGAGAGUGUGCUAGCUUUGGCAAAUGUUAUCCUUCAUAACUACCACCAAUCACGCUUCGAAUCAGUAGCCAUGCAUUUCAAAAAUCAGUUAGCGAAUGUUCCUGUCACUUCUCCAACUCGCCGCCAAUCUUCCCCUGCUGACUUGAAAUUUAUGUACACGUCGCAAUCAUCAGAGGAUCUCGCUGACACGAGUCCAAAAUGCAAUGCAGAAUUAAUCGUGGACGAGAAACUAUUGAACGAUAUUGGUGAGGAUGCUAGAAGUUAUGCUCAAAUCUGGCACGUGCUAAAGGAGAUGCAAUCGAGAGAUCCUUUUCCUGCUGUGGUUGAAGCCGUUAAAGCUGUUGUGAGCUUUGUGAAUGCUAGUAUUCUGGAAGCUGAGCAUGAACAGCUGCGAGAAAACACGUUCACAGGAACUUUGUUGAAUUCCCCCUCGCAUAAUACGAUAAUUGCUGAAAAUGUCUCUAUCAAACGUACGAAUCGAAGUACUACUGUUGCAAUAAAUCGAGACAGCACUGGUUCAGAAUCCUUUUCCUUCGCUCAACCUCAGCAAAUUGACAGUAUUUCCUCGAAAGGUGUUGCUUUUCCUUCAGCAAAUGCUAAUCAUGGCAGCCUGAUGAAACCCGUAAAUAAGCACAUGCAACCUAUUACACAAGCGCAAAAAGGAUUGCGGUCAGCUGUUUCGGUAGGCAAUUUUCAACAGUAUCAAAGCAAGCUUCAGCAAGAGUUAAGCAGUCCCAUGGGUGCUGAAAACGAUCAAUUCGUGCCAAAUCCACCAAUGAGCACAGGCAGUAACAUGAAUCAACCAAAAUACCGAGGGCAAGCUUCUUCUCAGAUGGUUAUAGGACACAGAGUAUCUGCAAGUAUACUAGCUGGUGAAGAAAACAUUAGCGGUGGGUUACCUGUGCAUGUUCCCUCAUUGCUGAAACGUUACGGUCGUCAUGAGCAUUUUCCAUCAAGUCUCAAAUCGACUUUUUACGAACAACACAAAGCUCAUUUUAACGAGCCUAGUCUGGAUCUUGACGAAGAAGAUGAAGACCCACUCAGCGAAACUGGUGCAGAAAGAUGGGAACGCUGUCGUCGAUACAAUCGUAUUCGAGGUGCCGCUUUGAAAUUGGCACCUGGUUUUGCGUCACCUCAAAAGGAAAAUAAUCGUUCAUUAUCGUCAAAAUCUGGUACAGGCUUACAAAAUGGAAUUUCACACAACUCACCGCCAUACUUUCUCUCUGAAUAUGACGGUACGCAGCGAAAAUUAACUCUUGGUGAUCAGGAUGCAGUAAAGGACUUUACCUUGAAUCUCCGUCAGCGUGCUGUGCUAAAUAACGAUGCAGAGAUGACAUCCCUGUUGCUUUUUCACCCUUACGAGACGUUGCUUCUUGUUGCUGACGAAAAAGACCAAAUUUCGCUGUACAACUUUGAGGAAACAGAGUCAAAAGUGCUAAGCAUGGGUAACAAAAAUCCACCUGGCUCGAGAUUGACUUCCUUAAGUUGGAUAAAUGAAACUGAGGAGAGUCUUCUAACUUGCGGCUCUGACGACGGUGUGAUAAAAAUCUACCACGGACUCCACAACCCUCAUCCACCAGUAGGCAGUCCAAAACUCGUAUCGGCUUUCGUCGCGGUGCCGGAUUUGGUGCCGGGAACUCGCGGGUCGGGUCUUGUCAUGAAUUGGCAGCAAGAUACUGGCAAAUUAUAUGCUGGUGGAAACUCGGGUAUGCUUCGUGGCUGGGAUUUACGUCAAGAAAGGUGUAUAUGUGUGAUUCCUACGCAGACAGACUCUUGUAUCACUAGCAUGGCAAGCGACAAGAAUUUCUCCGAUAUGCUGGUAGCUGGUUUUGGUGAUGGCACUUUGCGGAUAUUUGACUCACGAAGCAGGCCCGACUAUUCAAUUAAAAUCACCACGAAAGAACACUCAUCGUGGGUGGUGCAAACGCAUAUAUACGCUGGUCGGAAUGAGCUUUUGACGGGCUCUGUAACCGGUGAGCUAAAAUUCUGGGAUAUAAGAUUUCCAAAGAAUAGUAUAAAGUCAUUGGAAGCGCAUCGAUCACCAAUGACUGCCCUUGCCGUUCACGACUAUGCUCCUAUAUUUGCAAGUGGCUCGCACAACCAGUUUAUUAAGGUUUUUCGGAGCGAUGGCGAGCAGUUGGCGCUUAUUCGCUACCACGAAGGAUUCUUGGGCGAACGGAUUGGUCCCGUUUCGUGCUUGGCAUUCCAUCCUCAUCGACUUUUUUUGGCGGCAGGUGCUACCGACUCCGUUGUCGCUGUAUAUUCAAGCGACAAGUAA